AGCACCAUUGCAGACAUUGCGGAAAAGUUGUUUGUCAGAAGUGUUCCAGACAUCGACUUAUACUUCCGUAUCAAGGCUCGUCCCCUGUGCGCGUGUGUGAACCAUGUCAUACACUUUUGAAUGUAGGUUAACUUCGUGGGACCACGGAUUGCACCAGCUGGACUCCGCUCCCAUUCCGCUCAGGUCUAAUACGAUGAGGUUCUUUGCUUCUUCUGACACUGACUCCAUUAUGUUUACCGACUCUAGUCCGCAGGCCACGCGCAGACCACUAUGGAGCCCAACUUUGGACGCGAUCCACCCCGAUGCAUCUUGAACUACUGACUACUGCGGAAAUCAGUACUUACUGAUGUGUGCACAACAGACAGGCCGUUUGUCUACUUUUGACGUCGCAUACCGAUUUAUUCCACUUCACAGAAUCAGGGUUUCUGUACCUCGCCACUUGUUUUGCCGCUAUGUCAAUUGGCCGAUCCAUAGUGAACGAGCGUAUCCACGCCCCCACUACCUACACUCGCUCACCUGAUCAUUCGAUUGUAGUUCCCAUACCUCUUUGCUCCCCGGAUUCAUCUCAAACCCUCCAUGGUUUACUAUUCUUGGUAUCUUCCAUCUCUUUUCUGUUUGUUGCAUGACAAAUAUUGCGGAAAAUAUGCGCGACCAACACGUUUACCGGUUAGGAGUAUCUUUCCAUUUUCUUGCGAACACACACCACACUCUAUUUGUAAAGAUCAAUUGACCAUGUGAUGAGCGCCUAUACCGAUUGGUGUACGCUCCUUUUUCCAUACUGUGAUAUCCUGUUUUAUACUGGAGUGGUUAAUUUGUAUCUUCUAUCCAUUUUUACACCUUUUGGUCACACUCUUCUCGUCUGUAUGACAUAAAUAAGUUUAUAGAUGUGAACUGGAAUUUACUCUUUGUGCUCUUGAAUCCGUCGGAACAAAGCUGG